AUGAAUUGGUAUAUUUUCGGCUUCCUGCCUCGAGUGGAAUUUUACUGUAUCAGUUUAAAACAAUGCUGCAUUCUUAUAGCCAUAGUCUAUUUUUUUUACGGUCUUGAAGCAAUACUUAGCAAUGAACUUAAUGUGGUAUAUGGGAAAUGCAUCUUCACGGGCAUAUUAUUGGAUAUGAUGAUCUGUUUAGCAAGGAUCGUCUGUACGGUAAUGUGUAUUGCCGCUUUCGUUUUCCUAUUCGGGAUUAUUAAGAAAAACCGUGACGUUUAUUUAGCUAUCAUGCAUCUCACAAUGGUGGUGGUUUUACUGAAUUUGUGUGGAUUUUUCCUUUUGGUUGUUACAAGAGAUAAUAAUUGCAACAAGAAUUGUCCAAUGCGCUACUAUUUCGCGGCACUAUGUUUAUUUUGGACCGCAUUGCUUUUCUUUUUCCUGGUAGUGAUCAAUAGUCAGUAUAGAAGUGAAAUAAUGAAUCGAGUAACCGUUACACCACCUGCUAGCACUGACAACGAUGUCAUAGAAGAUAGAUAACGUCUGUAUGUACAGUAUGAGAUGCUUGGACAAAAUCAGUGUUUUCAUCAAACUACAAUAGUGUGAAUCAUUUAAGCUACUUUAUUUAAUAAUAAAAUUUAAAAUCGCUUUU